AACAUUGGAAAUGAAUGGUGAUAGAGUUAAGAUGAUCACACGAAUUAAAGCACUCAACAAUCAAUAUUUAUAGAAUCGACAAAAACCUUUUAACAUUUCAAUUUUAGCUUUCACAGAUUACCUAUCUGUUUUAUGUCUUUGAAAUAAGCAGUAUAGUUUAUCCGGACUAAUGGAUUUAAAAGUGUUUCUGAAUAUAACAAGCCGUUUAUAAGCUUUUAUCUCUUUAAAAGUAUCAAUGUUUUACGAUAAACAAAUGGAAUUUUCUGGACAGAUACUCUUUUUGAAUUGACAGCGUGUAUCAAGAAGGACUUAAUAUUAAAUCGGUAAAAUGUCGGACACAAGAAUGAAGAAACAAGUUAAAAGUGACAGAAAUGGAAUAAGUCUGGUCACAAAAGUCAAGAACGGGCCAGUGAAUUCCAUGAAAGGGUUGUCUGUAGAUGACCACAAAGACAGGAAACAUGACACUACAGCACACACUGACAAACAACAAAACGUAGCGGUCCAAAACGGAAAAUCCAAAUACGUGAGGGAAGUACCGUCAUCUGACAAGAAUCGAGUCCCAGCACCAGUUAACAUGAUGCCAGUGGAUCCCAAGACAUUACUGUUUUUUGAGGCAAUCCGUGAUGGAUCGGUUCAGAAAGUGAAGUCCAUAUUCCGACAGAAGAAUAUGAACUUGAAUACUCGGGACAUGAACGAUCCCAACUGUCCGACUGCUCUCAUUGCUGCUUGCGAGUCGGAUCAUGCUGAGAUUGUCAAGCUCCUAAUGACGAUGAAGAAAGCUAGGGAAAUUGAUGUGAACCAGGAGAAUAAAGAUGGUCGUAGGCCAAUAUGGAUAGCCGCAUGGAAAGGAAACUAUGAGAUUGCCGACCUUCUUCUGAACACACGAGGGGCAGAAUGUGAUGUAAACUUCAUCGACAAAGAGACGGGGACCAGUCCACUGUACCGAUCCAUUCUCAGUAACAGCGAAAAGGUGGCAGAGCUACUCAUACAUGCCAAGGCUGAUGUCAACAUGCGCAGAAUGGGCAAGGAAUUGAAUGCUGAGACUCCGCUGAUCAAGGCUGUACAGAUGAACAACAAAGAGAUUGUGGAACAUCUAAUCAAUGCCCUGUGUAAAAUACAGGCAAAAACAAAUGACGGGUUUUCUGCGCUUCACUUCGCUGUGGCCUACAAACGGUUUGAGAUUGCUGAAUACCUUCUGCAAAAUGAGAUUAAAAUCCACGCAAAGAGCAACAAUGGUAUAACACCAAUGACUGUCGCCAUUGAGCACCGUAACCCCGCAAUGGUAAAACUUCUUGUGGAAUAUGGCUACAAAAUGAACAAACGAUACAAAUGGAAAGAGACUCCACUGUCACAAGCAAUUAACCUGCACAGUGAAGAGGCAGCCAUGACACUUAUUCAACUUGGUUGUGAACUCACAAAAAAGCGUGGACAAUCAUAUUUCUACAUGGCAGUUGAUGAAAAGUUAAUGAGAUUGGUGAAAUUCAUGGCUGCAGUGCAACCAAUGUUUCUCCAAGAGCCCUGGCUUCGGGGGCGUGAAUGGCCAGUGUCCAUCUACCAUAGGCCGGACAUUAUCAAAUGGCUUGAGCAGGAAUCUGAGAAAGUUCGGUCAUUACGACAACUUUGCCGCGGGAAAAUAUUCCGACUACUGGGAAAGUACCCAGCAUCCAAAAUGAAGAAGCUGAAACUUCCUGAAGAGAUGCUUGUAUACUGUUCAUACAAAUCUCAUGUCAAGGAUGAGUUCUUCAAUCAAGAGCCACUAAAUGUGAACGGUGAGUGCCCGAUUGACUGUCCCGCUAUUUGUGCACGCAAAUACUGUCCUCCCAUUGAAUUCUCAAGUUCGUCAGAAUCUGACUCCAGCAUUGACGAUGAUGAAAUAAGCAGUCUGUCAAAUAGCACAAAUAACAAUGGCGCCAAUGGCAAGGUCAAUGGACAUGAUCACGACCAUGGUGACGACUCAAAGUGCUGUGAUUACUGUCACUGAAUUGUUAGCAAUAUCUCUUGACUUUUUAAUUAUACAAUCAGCCAAACUUUGCCAUUUAUGUAAAAAUUAAAGUGCUGUGCACUAAAGAUACUUUGGUGACAUUUCUCCAGUUUAUGGUUGACAUGUGUAGUUCGUUGUAAGGGUUUUACAUGUGAGGAAGAAAACUGAAUCAUUAUGAUCUCAACUGACAUUCUUUUCUGUUGUUUUUUUAACAGAUAUUUCCGUAGCUUUUUUAAAAGCAGAUAUAUUGACAUGUUAUUGGUUAGAAACCCUAGGAAUAAGUUUUUAAUAUUUCUAUUGUUUGCUAGUAGCUGUAGAACUUGACAUUUCUCCUCAUGUUUUGUAACGGUUUUGACAUUUAACAUGUAUCAUUUAACACUGUAAAGACUACACCAAGGCAAUAAAAGAUUAUA